CAUUUCGACAUGAUAUGGCUUCCCUACCACCUCAUGCAAAACCUCUUCUUCUACAGUUUCCCCUGUUCGGAAUCAAAUUUCUCCGACACCAUUAUCCCAAAUCUCAAGAAAUCCCUUUCCCUCACUCUCAAACACUUUCCUCCGUUCGCCGGAAAAAUCAUCUUCCCACUCACCUCACCAAACACGCCGCCCCUUUCACACUACAUCUCCGGCGACGCCAUUUCCCUGACAAUCGCCGUGUCGAACGCCGAUUUGAUUCCUCUGACGGAGAAUAAUCUUUCCAGGGAUUCCGAUCAGUUCCACCACUUCGUCCCUGAGUUACCGCCGGCGACCCACUCGCCGGAGCAAAUCAGAUUCGCCGUCGCAGCUGUUCAGGUGACUCUGUUUCCCAACCAGGGCAUCUGCGUCGGCUUCACCAACCACCAAGCCAUCGGCGACGGUUCCUCAACCGUCGGAUUCUUGCAAACAUGGGCCUUGAUCAAUAAAUCCAACGGUCGUGAGUUUUUGUCGCCUUUCUACGAAAGAAAUAUCGUUCCGAAUUCCGACAAGCUGAUCCAAUCAUGUUGGGAAAUCAUUAGAACGUAUAAGCCAACACUGUCAUCUUCCGUUUCUCUUCCGACGUAUAAAACCCGAGCCACGUUUAUCCUCACCGAAGCCGAGAUCCAACACCUCAAGAACUUUGUCAAGAAUAAAAAUCCGGGACCAAACGUAUCGUCUUUCGCGGUAAUAUGUGCUUACGUGUGGACUUGUUUGGCCCAAUCGACAGUUGAUGACGUGGCGGAUGAUACGCCGGAGUAUUUCACUUGCACGGCCGAUUGCCGGAGAAGGCUAAAUCCGCCUCUGCCGGAUAACUACUUCGGCAACUGUUUGGGACUCGUGCAAGCCGAGUCGACUCACGGGCGACUAAAAGGGAAAGAAGGGAUUGUUUUUGGUGCGGAGGUGAUCAACGAGGCUAUUCAAAAGACGGUGAAUAAUGAGAGGGCGAUUCUGGAAGGUUCUAUAGUAGGGUUUCUAGAACGUCGGAAAUUGAGUGGGAAGAGGGUAUUUGGGGUAACGGGUUCGCCGAGGUUCGAUCUUUAUGGUGCGGAUUUCGGAUGGGGAAAGCCGAAGAAGUUCGAGGCGGUUCAUAUUGAUUGUGGCGGUUCGGUUUCUCUUUGUAAGUCGAGGGAGUUUAAAGGGGGAGUUGAGAUUGGGUUGUCGAUGAAGAAGGUUGAAAUGGAUGCUUUUGAAGCUAUCUUUAAUCACGGAUUCAAAGAAGCAAUGUGAAACAUGUUAGUGUUUUUCUUCGGGAAAAUUACAGUUUGCAUUGAUUUCACAUUUGAUGUUCACAAAAGAUAUAUUUGGUCCUUCGUGUUUCAAUAAUUCAACAUUUUU